UGCAGAAUGGGGGUAGUGGCUCCCCUAGAGCUGCUCCUGCUGCUGUUGGGGACCCUGGCCCUGACGGACAUUUGGGCAGGCUCCCACUCCUUGAGGUAUUUCGACACCUCCGUGUCCCGGCCGGGUCACGGGAAGCCCCGCUUCAUCUCCGUGGGCUACGUGGACGACACGCAGUUCGUGCGCUUCGACAGCGACACCGAGAAUCCCAGGGAGGAGGCGCGGGCGCCAUGGAUGGAGCAAGAGGGAUCUGAGUUUUGGGACCAGAUCACACAGAUUUCCACGAGCAACGCACAUCAUCACCUAGUGUGCUUGAACAACCUGCGCGGGUACUACAACCAGAGCGAGGGCGGCUCUCACAUACUCCAGAGGAUUUGGGGCUGUGACGUGGGGCCAGACAGACGCUUCCUCCGCGGGUACAAGCAGUACGCCUAUGAUGGCAAGGAUUACAUCUCCCUGAAUGAGGACCUGAGCUCCUGGACCUCAGCGGACGCAGCGGCCCGAAACACCCAGCGGAAGUUGGAGGCAGCCGGUGACGCAGAGCACAGCAGGGCCUACCUGGAGGGUACCUGUGUGGAGGAGCUCCUCAGAUAUCUGGAGAACGGGAAGGAGGCAUUGCAGCGCUUAGACCCCCCAAAGACACAUCUGACUCACCACACUAGCCCUGACGGAGAUGUCACUCUGAAGUGCUGGGCCCUGGGAUUCUACCCUAAGGAGAUCACCCUGAACUGGCAACGAGAUGGGGAGGACCAGAUCCAGGACAUGGAACUUGUGGAGACCAGGCCUGCAGGGGAUGGAAACUUCCAGAAAUGGGCAGCUGUGGUGGUGUCUGCUGGAGAGGAGCAGAGAUACACAUGCCAUGUGCACCAUGAGGGGCUGCCUGAGCCCCUCAUCCUGAGAUGGGAGCCACCCUCUCAGCCCAUCAUGGGAAUUGUUGCUGGCCUGGUCCUCCUUGGAGCUGUUAUCACUGGAGCUGUGGUCCCUUUUGUCUUGUGGAAGAAGAAAAACACAGGUAGGAAAAGUGCAGGUACCUAUGCUUCAGCUGCCUGUAAUGACAGUGCCCAGGACUCUGAUGUGUCUCUCACUGCUUAG